AUGGCAGCCAUGGCAGUCAAAGGACGCCCGCAGCUUUCACAACAGUCUGAAGAGGACGACAGCUCACAUGAACACUCCAUCAAAGGCGUUGUUUUGCAGCAGGGCGUGCCGAAUGGCGAUGUCGUUGAGGAAGCGGGCAAAGGCCAACUUGACGAGACCAAGAAAGGCUUGGUAGUGAUUGUCAUGCUAUCACUUUGCCUCUCUGUGUUCCUUUGCGCUCUGGAUGCAACAAUCAUCACCACAGCACUCCCGACGAUCGCAGAGCAAUUCAACUCCACCGCAGGCUACACUUGGAUCGCCUCAUCUUAUCUGAUGAGUGAAGCGGCCACGACACCGCUCUGGGGCAAGCUAGGCGACAUCUUCGGGCGGAAGCCUGCUCUGCUACUUUCAAAUCUCCUGUUUCUCGUUGGAUCUGUCCUGUGCGGAGCUUCAACGAGUGUGGAGAUGCUUAUUGCUUCUCGAGCGAUUCAAGGUGCCGGAGCAGGCGGCAUCAUUACUCUUGUGGAUGUGAUCAUCAGUGAUCUGUUCAGCAUGAGGACGAGAGGUGCUUAUCUCGGGCUUGUAGGCGCUACGUGGGCUUUGGCAUGUGGGCUAGGGCCAAUCUUGGGAGGAGUGUUCACCAGUCAAGUCAGCUGGAGGUGGUGCUUCUACGUCAACGCUCCUUUGGAUGGUGUGGCCUUGAUCAUCACAUUUUUGUUCCCAUUGAGUACGCCCAGAACGCCGAUUAUCCAGGGCCUACUCGCGGUAGACUGGUCAGGGACCUUGACAAUCACCGGCGGCGUACUCAUGAUCUUAUUGGGCCUGACAUACGGUGGCAUCACCUACCCAUGGAAUUCAGCUACUGUCAUCUGCCUGAUCGUCUUCGGCGCUGUAACAUUGGUCCUAUUCGUCUUUACGCAGUGGAAAGUGGCCCGCUACCCGAUAAUGCCACUCGACCUCUUCUCCAACCGAUCCAAUGUUGGGAGCUUGGCUGUCACUUUCGCACACGGCUGGUUCUUCAUGGCUGUCUUCUACUUCAUGCCACUUUACUUCCAAGCUGGACUCGGUGCCAACGCUUUGCUUUCGGGGGUCUACCUCUUACCUGCAGUACUGGCGACAGGUGUGAGUGCGGCCAUCACGGGAGGUGUCAUCAGCGCCACAGGUAGAUUCAUCCCGCCUAUUCUACUUGGGAUGACCUUGGCACUCCUUGGUAUUGGACUGUUCAUUGAUCUGGAUCAGUCGUCUGGGUGGGCAAAGAUCAUUCUAUACCAGCUGGUAGUAGGCUGUGGUUUAGGACCGAACUUCCAGGCCCCGCUUGUGGCACUUCAGGCGCACAUUGCCCAGCGAGACGUCUCGACCGCUACAGCAACCUUCAAUCUCGUGCGAGUUAUGGCCAAUGCUAUUAGUGUUGUGAUUGGAGAUGUGGUUGUCGCGAAUCAGAUGAACAAACAGCAGACCAGCCUGCGAAUCUCUCUGGGUGAAGAGCGUGCUGAACUGCUUGCUGGAGAGAAUGCUGUAGCCAGCGUCGGCUUGAUGAAGAAGUGGCCGAGCGAAGCUCGUGAGAUUGGGCAGCGUGCCUGUUCGCGAUCGUUGCGGACGGUGUGGAUUGUGGAGACGUGCUUCGUUGUUCUGGGAUUGCUCUUCUGUGCGUUGCUGAGGCCGAAUGUGCUUUCUACUGAUCUUGAGAAGAUCAAGCAGGGCUUGGAGACCGAGGAGAAGAAUGCUUUGGCGAGGAAGGCGGAAAAGGAGGGCCUUACUCCCAAGGGUAAUGCCUAA